UUGCUGGAACCGCUGGCUCAGUAGGGAGGAAUGGAGGAGUGGAGGUGUCUGGGAGGCAGCGAGUGAGUGAUGCACGAUGCUCCCACCAAAGACUACGCCCUCCUGUGCAUAGGUGUUAUUAAAGAUGGGGAGCCACAGCGCACCCCGUCCGAUUUAGUGGCUCGUGUGGGCUGCAGUGAGGCAGUGAGAAGGAGGGAGUGAGGGAGGGGAGAUAUGGCGUCCAGCGGCCCUCAGCACCCCGACACCCACCACUCCGAGGCGCCUCCUGACUGCUCUCCCGCCGCCUCCACCACACCUGCUUCCUCCACCACCACCUCGGCCUCACCGCCAACAGUCACCAUGGCGGGGGCGACGGCUGCCAGUCCUCAGAAGACCCCACACCAACAGGGACAACCGUUCGAGCCCCUAGACAAGGCCUCCAGCCAGACCGUCAAACUAAACCCCAAGUUGGAACUGAGCCUCAAUGACCUCCUGCGGCUCCUGUCAUACAUGGAAGGAGAGCUGCAGUCCCGGGAUGUGGUCAUAGCAACACUUAAGACUGAACGUGUCAAGAACCUCCUCCAGUAUGGCCGUGUGGGGUUGAGCGAUCCCUUCCUGGCACUGCAGAGAGACAGUAUUGGGGGCUCAGUGGUGAGGGGUGGUGGGGUGAAUGAGGCUGAGCUGCGGGCACUUGAGGAGACACAACUGGCUCAGCUGGAACACCUCAUUGCCCAGCAACGGAAGGCUCACCAGCGCAUGCGGCACGUGCUGAGGGAGGCAGAGAAGCGUCAUUCUCGGGUGGUGGCUGAGCUUGAGGAGGAGAGGAGAAAGCAUGAACACGACACAGCUCAGGGGGAUGACGUAACUUAUGCCUUGGAGAAGGACCGCACUAGACUGAAGCAGGAGCUUGAAGCAGAAAAGGCAGCUAAGAAGAAGGUGGAAAAGGAGCUUCGAAAAGUACAAGAAACUUUGGAGGAGGAGCGAGGACGACAGAAGCAGAUUAUCCUGAUGCUGGUGGAGGAGAGGAAAAGGCUAGCACUGCAGUAUGUGGAGGAGCGAAAACGAUCAGAAGACCUUGCCCAGAUCCUGUCUGAGGAGAAAGGGCGUAUUGAUUCCAUGGCUGAAGGCCUUGAAGAGGAGAGCAAAAAAUCUCUACAAAUGGAAGCUGAGCUGGAAAAACAACUUGCUGAUUUUGAUACUGAACGGCAGCAGAUGAGAGGCCAGCUGACCAAAAAAGAAGAAAGAAUCAGUGAGCUGGAAGCGUUGUUGGAGAAGCAGCAGCGGGAGGUGGAUCACUACAAGAAGCAGCUGCAGGAGGCACACAAUGUUGCCAUGUUCCAGCAGACAUUAUCAGUCUCACCGCCACGUAUUGGCAUCGCCACUCGGCCUGCACCACCCCAGCUGCCUGCAAAGCCUGCAACUCUCACCCAGCCCCAACCCAGGAUGUCGGGUGCUUUAACUCCUCCCAAGAUCACUCCCCGUGUAAGAGCAUCUUCUCCAGGCCUGGAUGAGGUCACAGGAGUGCCGCUGAGUCUGGGCCUGAGUGUAGCCCCCCACCACGUAUCCUCCGGCCCUGGUUCCACCAACCCCCCCCACAGUGUGCCCCCAGGGGUGGCCGCCAUGAGCAGUGUAACAAAGGCAGUGCAGCUUACUGCCACAGUCAACUCUGUGCCUGUGGCUGGCCCAACCACUGGCAUAGCUCGGGGAGUCCAGCCAGGUGUCGGGCUGCGGCCUGUGAUGUACAGUGUAUCAACAUCUGAGGUGACCAGGACAGUGACAACAGCAGCAAAAAGCUACAGCGUAAGCGAGAACGAGGCCGGGUGGACUGGAGGCAGCGAGGGCGAGGGGCCGGGCAGUCUGGCAGGUGGGGUGCCAGGGGCAGUGGAGCGUGGAGUGGUGCGAGUGACAGGUCCAGCAGGGGAGGCCAGGAGUCAGGCCCAAGUGGUGCAGGUGACCCCCCGGGUGAAUGUGUCUGCCUCACCCGGCACCAAGGUGAUAACCACCACCCACGGCGGCAAGGUAACCUUUCACGUGACCACCAAUGCUCCCACCACCACGGCUGCCUCUGCCCCCCCAGCCUCCAAUGGGCAGCAGCAGCAGACACAACAGCAGACACCACAGCAGCCAAGCCUCUCUCAGACUGCAACCAUGAUCAAGAAGCCACCACCACCCACCAGAUCAACUCAGCCUGGGGGACCGCCACCACCUGUACCUCUAAACAAGCCCACAGCAGCCCCGCCUGUGCCCCCCAACAAGCCAGCAGUGCCACCCAAGAAAGAUCUUGUGACACGGGUGGGAGCGGGGGGACAGGGAGUUGCAGUGGAGCCAGGAACACCUAUCAGUGUUGAGGUUAAGCCACAGAAAGUGGGACCACAGACAGUUAAAUUUGGCAUCACGAUAUCAAAGACGGCCACAAGUGGCAGCAGCAGCGGAGGCCAGUCAGUGGGUUCAGGUGGAGGCGGUGGCCAGGCAGUGGUGGGUGUGGGGUCUGGGGGCUCUGGAGGGGGAUCAGAGACCCCAGUGGCCCCCUCAGUGGAAGGGGGAGCAGUGUCCCCCCGGAGAGACGCGGCGCAGGUUGGUGGAGGCGGCCCCCCGGUGCAUGCCACUGCCUGUGUGGACUCCCUCUCUCCCGAACUAGAGCACUUCCACCAGUUACUCAUUAGCAUGGCAGGUUCCUCAGACGUAGCAGUCCCAGCCAUAUCAAACCUAGUUCCCCCCUCCAACCCCUCCUCGACCCCAAACACACAUGUCUGUUCGUCCCCCUCCCAGAGUUCAUGUACAUCCCUGCCUUCUGUUCCUCCCUGUGGGCCCUCCUCACCACUCCCACCAUCCCUCUCCCCACCACUCCACCAUUCUGCCUCUCUCAGCACUGACCACGAAGGACUUGCCUCUGCGUCUUCCUCCACCGUACCCCUCACACUGCCACCGCCGCUGCCCGCCUUUAGCCUCCUGACUAGUCCCUCUUCUGUAGCAGCUGCCUCAGUUACUCUAGCCCAUUCUCCUCCACACUCCACCCUCUAUUCAUCCUCCCUGGUAUCCCCUGCAUCCCGUCUAACAGAGUCACCACAUCUGAUUAACACUCCUCAAUGUACACCUAAGAUUCUGUCAUCAUCUCCAUCAUCAUCAUCAUCACCACCAUCACCUUCCAUUUCCACCUCAACACUCUAUUAUCAGCAUUGCUCUCCUUCUUCUACCACCACUACCAUCACCACUACCAGCACCACCACUACCACAACUUUGUCUCCAUCUGGUUCACUGCCUCCACCACCACCACCCCUGCCACUGGGUGACUGCCCCAUCAUCCUCACCCCAGUGGAGGGUGAGGACCUGGAGCCUCCACAUUCACCACUUGAUGUCUCAACACCUCUCACCAUGGAUGGGAUGACAGCCCUUCACCUUGCAGCUCAGGGCAAUAAUUGGCAGUCAGUGGCAGUGCUUGUGAGAUGUGGUGGCAGUGUUAGUGCAGAGGACGAUGAAGGCCGCACCCCUGCUUUCUUGGCUCUCCUGUAUGCCUGUACCCCUGCUGCUGCUGCCCUCCUUGCCUUCCCACAGUCCCUAGAGCACACCACUAAGGAUGGCUGCAACUACUUACAUGCUGCAAUAAAGUCGGGUGAGGUAGAGUGUGUGGAGGUUCUGCUGCAACACAUCUUAGCUACUGAAGACGGGUUGCACCUCCUGCACUGGCUUGCUGGAGGCCCAGACCAUCAAGGCACCACACCCUUGGCUCUAGCUGUGGCUAGCCCCACUGCUGACUUGUUAGCUGCAAUGGGUCAUGCUGGGCUGGACAUCCCAGCCUUAUUAAGUCAUGACCCCAGCCUACUGAAACUUGCAUCAUCUGCCUGCUUGGCCCUUCUUUCCAGUUCUAGUCAGAGUGAAAGUACCUGUUCCGUGUGGCUGGAGGGGCUGGACCUAGACAGAGUUAUAAAUGGAGAUGGAAGCUGCACCCAUGAGCAAGAAGAUGAGUUUGAAUCAGGCACCAGCAGCAGCAGCAGCAAGCAUCAUGGGGAACGAUGGCCCAUUGGAGCUGUGCGAGUCACCACCACCACCCUCUGGGCUGUACUUGAAGAGGCACUCACCUCUCUUGCUCUGCACCAUCUCGAAACAUUAACAAGAAAUCACAGCCCAGGGGGAAUUAGCAUGGGUGGCUCUGGGCGACAUAGCAGUGGUGGCAGCAGCAGCAGCAGCAUGAGCAGAGGUGAACGGAGGCGGUCAGACCCUCUCCAGGAGAUGGAGGUCAAUUCAGCACACUUAGGAAUCACAAAGGCAGCCAUCAGCCAUUUCUCAAUUGGCCAUCACAAAUGGACACGGGGUGAAUAUGGAUUGGUGAGUGGACCAUUUGACCUCCUAGCAAACAAUGGCAGCCAAGACAUUUGCAUCCACUUCAGGCCCCUUGAAGCAGCUGCAUAUUCCCUCUUAGUACCUGUGCCUGUCCUUAAAAACUACCUAAGAUUGAUGGAGCAGUCUCAAUGUGUGGUGGUGUACGGGCCACGAGAUAGUGGCAAGUGCUCCCUCGUCAGAUGCUUGGCCCAUCUCAAGGGUACUGGUAGUGGUGUUGGAGUCACCAGAAUUGAUCUCGCCAGAGGUCGGGCAGCUGGCCUGGAGACAGUGCGUGGUGUUGCAGAGAGUGGUGGGAGCUUGGUGUUGGAACACGUGUCAAGAGAGGCAUGGCCAGCUGUGUGGGCCAUGGUGCAGGGUGUCUCUGGGGGCACUGUGCUGGUCACCAUGGAUGCAUGGCGACGGCCUGGUGGUGGCCAACUGGAGGGUGGUGUGCUGUGGGUCCAGCUCCGUCAUGAUAGAGAGCCGCUGAUUUCCACCCUCUCCCGCUCCCUCAUACGUCUCCUGGCCUCUCAGCAUGCUGGAGUGUUGCCUUCCCCAACCUCACACACCCAGCACACUGUUGAAUGGGUCACUGCUGCCUCAAGCCGCCUGGCUGCCACCCUCAUGACCUUGGGUUUCUCUUCAGCUCUUCAUGGCCCGCAUCUCUUUUCACAGGCAUUGCGUGGGGCUGCUAGCCCUGGGGACAUAUUAAGGGAAGUGAAGCAUGUGUGGAAUUCUGUGAUCAGCCCUGAGAUCCGCACUGAGGUGGUGAGUGUGUGGCGGCGGUCCAGUGUGGGAGGGGAGGUGGAUGAGGCACGUGUCACUAGCAUGGCACUCUAUGUAGUGAUCCAGCGCAGCUUAGCACCUGGCUUGCCCUUACCCCCGCCACAGGCACAUAAUUUCCUGGCCUCCUUGGACGGUGGUCUUGGCCGAUCAGCUUUCCGUAGCAUAAAAUCAAGUGUGUCAUCUGCCCGACCCAAGGACCUUCCCUUGGAUGUGAUUGGUAGCCCUCUGUGGACAGGUUCAUCACAGCAGAUAACAGAAAUAUCCCAGCAGACCAGUCCUCCUGUUGGUCUAUCCUCCCCCACCUCACCAGAAUGGGAUGAAGCAAAUCUCACCAAAAUCUUGGGACUUUCUCCCAUGGGUUACACAUGACUGUGGCAUCAUAUUUCCUGACUUACCUCAUAGUCUUUUAAUGACAGUGAGUGAUUGGAGACAUGGCGUUGCAUUCUUUCCCAAACAUUGCGCAUGCCUUUUGAAACUCACUAAACAGAAACUUAAGUUUUCCUCUAAUAUUCAGACUGGAUACAGUAAAAAAAAAAAAAAAAAAAUGUCAUCAGUGCAUCUCUGCAGUGUUUUAAGCAUGGCUUUUGCUGAGAGGUGCAGAUCUUUAUUAUAUUAAGUUAAAAAAUAUAAUGUGGUUGAGUCACAUUUGGCAUUAUUGCUCAACUCUGCCAGUGUAUAGGUGCUAUGUGUGAUUGCUGCCAGUAACCAACAAGUAAGCAAAGUAGGGCAAUUUUACUGAGUUUUAAGGCAUGUGUUGAGUGUAAUUGCCAUUGUUGAGUGGAUGCCUGUUUCUAUCAUUCGUAGUGAUAAUCACCCUCAUCUCUAUACCCUAAUGUAUUGGAGCAGCUUGAUGUGAUAUUUGCAUUUGUUCUUCCAGUGGUUUGAGCUGUUUUCCUUUCCUGACACAGAGCUUUUGUACUGGUGGAGUGAGGAGCAGCCUGAGUGUGCACGGCUAGAGGAGGACAACUCAUAGCUUUAAUAUUAAUCCUGUAAUAAGUGAUGCCCAUCCCGGAAACUAGUCUAGGGUGAAAUAUAGCAUUGUGUCCCUCUCACCUAACUUCAUGUCAACUCUAGGGCUCAUAUACUUAAUGCAGAAACUUGCCUAAAAAUUCAAGGUACUUCAUACCAAAUUCUGCAAGAUGAAUCACUUAUGUCAUUUUGUAACUUGAAUCCCGCUCACUCUGUGAACAACAUAUUGAUCUUCCACUCAAAUGCAGUAAAAAAGAAAAAAAAAGCAAUCCAAUACUCCUUAUGUGUGUUAGAUUAUGUAUAAUAUUGAGACUUCUGAACUGUGGUAAGUAACUUUAAAGAUAUUUGUCAGCGGAUUUGAUCAGAAUAUCAUACUCAAUUCAGUAGUAUUAUUGAAUCUUUCUCCCUUUGUUUAAUUUCACUUAUAGUGUGUCUGUAUGUGUGUGUGUGUGUGUGUGUGUGUGUGUGUGUGUGUGUGUGUGUGUGUGUGUGUGUGUGUGUGUGUGUCCAUAUGCAAGAUUGCAUACAAUACUUAAUCCGUUAGAUCACUGAAAUAUGCAUGGGAUGAUCAACAGUGAGUAAUGAUUCUACAGUCCUUGAGGAAAAGCAUGUGCAUUGGAAUUGAGCUAAGGCCUUUCCAUGGAAGUAGUGCUACAUAUUGUGACUGUCCCCCAACACAGUCUUGUUUGCAAGUCCCAUGAUCCUAUGGACAUUAGAGAUGAAGUGGCUCUCCCAUCAUUAGUUUCAGCAAUACGGUGUUGUUUUGCCUUAAUAAUUAGUCACAUUAACAAGUGAAAGUGUGCAUUCAUAAGGAAAUAUAAUACAGUUAUGUACACAGUAAACACAUGCUGGUGAUAAGAUGCUAAUAGUGGAGGAGUGGAAGGGUUAUAGACAGACUUUUUUUUUUUUAGCAUUGUCAUUAUUUUGAGAGUCAGUGAACUGAAGUUUAACUUACAUAGCAGCUUCAGUCAUGUUGUAGACAAGGAGGAUCCCCUUGCAUGCCAUAGUUAUUUGUGUCACGUUGUUCUGUUACUUAUUUUUUACUAGAAUUUAUCUCAUCUUGCCUAAUGAUAAGUAGGUUACUUUAUGAAACUCAGCCUAUUUUUUCAUAGCAACAUUAUAGGUUGAGAGGCAUUGAUUUGCUCACUAUAAAUUAUUGUAUUGUAAUUUGAUAGAUUGAUAAUAUGCAAGAAACAUGUAUAAUAUCAUCAUAUAUUUAUGUGGCAUUAGGCUCUAGUGUAAUGAAAAUAUAUUCCCAGAUGGAUAUUGUAUCAUUUGAUCAUUGCUAGAAGCACCUCUUGAAGGACUGUCAAGUAGUGGAUUCAGCUAAAUCAGUGGGUGCCUUUGAUCAGGUGAAGAACUGGCCAUCUCACAAAUUGUUCAUGAACUCAGUAGUGAAAUGUGUAGUAUUUUUCAUCUCUCAUAACUCUAAGCCAUUAAGUUGUACAAGGGCAUUGUGUACAUGAACUAGUGCAGCUGUAACCUCUUCAUUCAUUAUUGCAAUUCUUCAUUAAAUUGUUUCCUUUUUGACACUGUUUACAAAAUUGCCAUUAGAUUGAGGCCAGUGUCACCCAAGAGUAUAUUCUUAAUUGAUUCCUUAAGGUAGAGUCUUGGAAAACUUCGUGCCGCAAUCUGGAGGAAAGUUGUAAACUGUGUGGAGAGGAACAGUUGAAGUCUAUGGUGUUUCUCAAAAAUUAAGAUGCAAGUGUAUCCAGUGGGACUGUCGGGUCCUUUUGGCCCAAAGCUGACCGAGACCCACCGCCUGUGUUGGACAUUCCAUUAUUGUCCAUUUAACUUGAUAUUCCUUUCUUGUAACAAAACAUUUAUCAUGUAAACUGCUAAGCAAGUUUUUUCCCAGUACUCAGGAUGGUCUAGCAAGACUUAAACUCUGACUUGUCUUCAUGUGACUUGUCUUCAUGCAAAUUAGAUCUCUUACAUUCUGUUUCUCUUAUAAAAUUUUGUGACCACGGAGUAUUUCUGUUUUCUCAAAGAACAUUUCUUAAUACAACAGAAAACAAAUACAGUAGUGAGAAGUGAAGCUCUAGCAUCAACAUUGUCAGGGGACAUCAUAGCUGAUAAGAUGAAAUAAGGAGCACUCAACUAACCUUUGCCAGAAUCUUGGCAAGAUGUAAUAGUGGUAGUGCUGCUGCUGUUGCUGCCAGACCAGCAAUAAGGGGGCCCAAGGUGACUCAUUGGUGUUUCAAGCAUUUCACUUUCCAUGUGACAAUGCAUUCAUACUUCAUUCAGGUGAGAGGAAGUCUAUUUUUUUAGCCUUCUGUAAAGGAAGGUUUCUAUCUUUGGCAUUAACUUCAUAAAUUAUAUUUGUUGUUAAUUGAUGUGGAAUUAUUUUUGCAUCUUAAUGUAUAAAAGUUUAAAGAAAAUGCAAAUGCAAGACAAAGUAUUUUUGAUUCACGCAUGUAAGUUCAGUAGGAAAGUGGGCUGCAAAUGUUAAAGAUGUUGUGCUCUCCUGUAAUAUUUGCUGAUCCAUAAAUAACUGACUUUUAUUUAUUUAUUUUAUAAGUAUGUUAAACCUUUCCUUGAAAAUAUUUUUCAGUGUUUUACAUAUAAAAGUCUGAAUGUUUACUACAAAAAUUUCUUUUCAUGUAAAAAAAAUUAUUUUGAGUACCUACAAAGUAGUCUUAGAUUGUAACCUGUUGUGCCAUGUGUCAUUGUACAACAGCUGUAAAAAAAAGUUAUGGCUGGUACUUCAGUGCACAAUUAGAGAUGGUCAUGUAGGCAGCUGCAGUUUUUUAUUUAUUUACUUAUUUUAUUUAUUUUUAUUUAUUCUUUUAUUUAUUUAUUUUAUAUAUUUAUUUAUUUCAUUUUUUUAUUUUAUUUAUUUUACUUAUUUAUUUUAUUUAUUUAUUUUUAUUUUUAUUUAUUUAUUUAUUUAUUUAUUUAUUUCAUUUAUUUUUUAUUGUAUUAUUUAUUUAUUUAUUUUAUCUUAUUUUUUUUUAUUUUUACUUUUUAUUUUAUUUAUUUAUUUUAUUUAUUUUUUGUUGUAUUUUUUUAUUUAUUUAUUUUAUUUUAUUUAUUUAUUUAUUUUUUUUUUUUUUGUACACUGUCAGACUUGUGUGCAUGGGCAACUGUCAGUGCAACAUGGUAUCAUACUUAUAAUGAGAUAUCACAUGGCACAGUUGGGAGCCAUCUUGCUAGUACCUUCAUGCAGCUUCACCAAACCCUUACUUUUGUAUGUACUUUUAGCAUCUCUAAGCCAGCUGUAAGAUGAUAAACUUGGUCAUUAAACUUACCAUUUUGUUGACAUGAAUACCUGCAAGGCUGACCUCAUUGCCAGCGCACCAGUGUGGUGUCUGCCUUACCAAAAGAGGAGUAAAGGAUCCCCUAGCCAUUAUUUUUUUUAUUUUAUUAUUUUUUUUUUUUACAGUUGAUCUUUGAGAUUUUAUUAAUUGUGCUAAGAAGAUAUUUUUAUCUUAUGUAAAUUUUACCACUAAUCAACAGAAUAUUUAUUUUUUAUUAUGAUGCUCUUUAUUUAAUUAGUGAUUGCUUAUAAUGUAAAAGAAAAUUUAUAUUAUAAUCAGCAGUGUUUUAAGAUUCCUAUCACAGCCAGUUUGAGUUUGCAUUCUUGAGAUAAUUUUUCAGUAAAUCAGUGUUAAGGUAUUUAUUCCCUGUUUUUGAAAAAUUCACCAUUUAAAGAUGUGUUAUGAAGAUUUUGACAAAAGGUUUGCUUGUCUCAAUGUUAUUUUCUGUGAAAUUUUCAUAAUGCUAAGCAUUAACUUCGUAAAAUAUGCCAUAUUUGUUUUAUUCAGUUUAAAUAUGAUGUACUUCUGUUAUUAUUGCCAUUGUCAUAAUGUUGAUACCUCUUUGCAAAUAUCAAUUAUAGUUCUGAAUGAAUGAUAUAAGUGUGGAACCUCAAACAAAACUGUAGACACUCAAGGUCUACUCCUGCCCCGCCCUGCACCCCUAUCAUGCUACUAGGCAGCUGUGGAUGGUUAGAUGCACAAGACAUAGAAUGCAGUUAUCCAGUGGGGUGCUCUUAAUUUAGUGCAGCCUAUAAUUAGUGCUUUCAUAACAUUUCCUCGCUCAUGAGGUAAGAUAGAGCACAUCAGGACAGGAUACAGGCAACGUAUGUUAUGCCCCACCUUGUGACGCUCACCUAGAGUUUUAUUCAUGUUGUUUUCUUGUGCACAUCACAGUUAGAAAUGGUUCUUCUAGAAUCACUGAUCCGUUAGUCUAAGUAAUGUUUAUUGGGUUGAUUCUAAAGCUGGCUUCUGUUAGCACUCACCCUGUGAUGGCUGAGGAGUAGUGUCGGUGUUAAGUUGACUGGCAGAAACAUUUAAAAAGAGUGUAGUGGAGUACCGGUGUGGAAGUGUAAGGUGAAGGCAAGGAUGAACUCUAGGCAAAGAAGACAUUCCUGUCAGGCACAGUGGGCCUUUUCUCCCAUGAGGACAUGACCUGCAAAAGACAGCAAGAUGGAAGUAAGGGAUUUGAGAAUAGGUUAGGAGUCACGGCAUGAAUUAGGGGCUUUUUAAAGGAACACGGUCAGUGACUAAAAGAGGACUGGUUAUGGUAGAAAAUAUCAAUGUUUUGGGAAAAGAAGGAUGAGCUGGGCGGGGACAGGCAGGAACGGAGAUGUGCAUCACUGUCGGGAACCAAUUGCAUGUUUUCAUCAAAAGAAUCCUCGUGAUUGUAAAUGUAUGUACAGACCACUGUGUAAACAAAAGGUAUGUAUUUUAAAAUGUACAAUUAAUGUAUUUAGCUAUAAUAUAGUGUACAGUUCUUUUUCCUAAUAAAAUGCAAAGUUACA